GGCGCGUCAGUAGCGAACUCCGAACAGUCUUCUUGUAGGUCCUUGAGAAUUGUAUCAUACAAAAUACGAGUUCGGCGGAUAACUCUAAAAAGCGUACUCCUCUCCGCCGUUCGCUCAGCAAAGUUGCCCUGUUUGACUACCAGAAGAUUUUGCCUCCAACGAUAAACUUCCGUCGCAGCCGGCUGUCGCUGCAUUCGCCAUGGCGUCGCACGUCGCAUGCCGUCCGUUUUCUGCGAAUAUAGCACUGAGCGAAGGUCGCACGGUCGCAACCUGUCGCCAGGAAAAUCGCCCGCCAACCCUGUCGCCAGCUCCGACGUGGACCCCAUUGCGCGAUUCUCACGUGCGAAAAGCACGAGCGACAACUGGUCGCUGUGCGACAAGCCAGCGACGCAGAGUCGUCGUUGCGACGGCCUUCGGGUCGCCGUGGCCGACAUCGGCCGCAUCUUCCGCCGGAAAGCCCGCUGAUUCGCAAGCGCCCGGUACCGUCGCGAGACUCCCCGUUGCUGCGAAGAGCGCGAGCGGCGCAACAGGCGAACCAGCGGGAGGAGCAGCAACAGGAGGAGCAGGAGGAGGAGGAGGAGGGGCGGCAACGGAAACAGCAGGAGCAGCAGGAGCAGUGCCGGAAAGUCCGCCGUACAAGCCGGGUCUGCUCGGUCCGCUCUUUCUCGCCAUGUUCAGGCGGCAGUUGGUGGAGGCAGUGGGGUGGAGCUCGCCCAAGGAAGGAUACGCGGGGAUGAUAGAGGAGGCGAGGCGACUGCUGCUCAUGCACUCCGAUCGUAAAAAGAGCGAGGAGGCGGCGGUCAUCAUCCUGCGGAAACUGUUUCCGCCCUUCCUCUUGCCUCUUUUCAAGAAGUACUUCGCUCCUCUGUGGAAUGGCCGCAUCGCCGCUGUUCUCUGCGCGUGGGUGACGCACUUCACGUGCCAGUGGCUCAUGGGGCCGACAAAAGUGGUGGAGAUCGAGCUGGAAGAUGGGUCCAAGCAGGGGUCUGGGGUGAAGAUUGAAAAGUGCAAGUUUCUGGAUGAGACGAGCUGCGCGGGAAGCUGCAUCCACACGUGCAAGAUGCCCACACAGGCGUUUCUGUUUGGGGACAUGGGAGUGCCGCUUCUUAUGGAGCCCAACUUUGAGGACUUCAGCUGCGAGUUCAAGUUCGGAGUGCACGCCCCCCCUCGAGACAGCGACCCUGUGCUUCUCACCCCAUGCCUUGCCAUCUGCCCUGCUCGCUCCUCCUCCCCCUCACCUCCCCGCUCCUCCUCCUCCCGCUCCUCAUCCCCACAAGCCGAACCUACGCCUCCGUUGUGCCCCCAGGUUCAAGUAUAGGUAGAUGCUGCAUUGAUGUUUUCUUUUACGUGAAACUGGCACAAGCCCUUACGUUCCCAUAAGGGCUUGUAUCCCCACCCUCCCCCUAACCCCCACACUCCAUCUUUCCCUUGAAAAUGUGUUGUACGAAUGGGGGAGGUUAUAGAAACUAGUACACAAUUACCGUUGUUGGAAAUACCUUGAAGACUUGAGUGUUUCUGAAGUGUAACACUACACUCGAAGAAAUGUCGUAUCAAGUACACGAGUCAACGUAGGUUACACGAGGAGGUUGG